GUGGCCCCUCGCUUCUCUCGCGAGAUCUGGGGCGUCCGGCUGUUUGUGCGGUGGGGCAAGAUGGCGGUGGAGUCGCGGGUCACGCAGGAGGAGAUUAAGAAGGAGCCAGAGAAGCCGAUUGACCGGGAAAAGACGUGCCCGCUGCUGCUUCGCGUCUUCACCACCAACAAUGGGCGGCACCAUCGUAUGGACGAGUUCUCCCGUGGCAACGUGCCCUCCAGCGAGCUGCAGAUCUACACUUGGAUGGAUGCAACUCUGAAAGAACUGACCAGCUUAGUGAAGGAAGUUUACCCAGAAGCACGGAAGAAGGGCACGCACUUCAAUUUUGCAAUUGUUUUUACAGAUCUCAAGAGGCCUGGAUAUAGGGUGAAGGAGAUUGGUAGCACCAUGUCAGGCAGGAAGGGCACAGAUGAUUCCAUGACGUUGCAGUCUCAGAAGUUCCAGAUAGGAGACUACCUGGAUAUAGCAAUUACUCCUCCAAACCGCGCACCGCCCCCAUCGAGCCGCAUGAGACCAUACUAAAGUGUUGCUUCUUUGUAUGACUACACCUUCUGUUUAUUCCUACUUGCUGUUCUAAAGCAGGCUCAUUUUUGUUUUUGCUUUUUGUUGCUGAGCAGGAACACCUGAAGACAAAGCUGAAGCAUCAGAAACGAAUGUUAACUUUAAAACCUUAACUUUUAGUUCCUUUAGAAGAAACACUUAACCUUUAGCAGUGCCAUCAUCCCGUCCCUGAUUGCUGUAGUUUGAGCAGUAAGUUGGUGUCUGGUGUUUCAAGAUUUCCAUCUAAUGCAACCUGAAGGAUUACAGGUAUCUGUAGUUCUGUCUUGCUUGGAAUAAAGAUUGAUGUUGUUACUCU